GCGCAAAGUACAUGAACACAGCUACUACUACUACUACUGCUUCUGGAUAAAAAUAUGUCAACCGUGCGGUCUCCAGGGAGUAAGAUGCUCUCGGAGGAUCAGUUCACCUGCUCCAUCUGUCUGGAGAUCUUUGUGGAGCCUGUGUCCACUCCGUGUGGACACAGCUUCUGCAAGGCCUGUCUGCAGGGCUACUGGAACCACAGCAAGAAGUUCCUCUGCCCCAUGUGCAAGAAGAGCUACUCCAAGAAGCCAGAGAUGAGCGUCAACCGCGUUCUGGCCGAGAUCUCCAGCCAGUUCCAGGGGCUGAUGCUGGCCGAGACGUCCAUGGGAGGGGCCUCGAAGUUGAGCACGUUGAACCACAGCCACGGCCCUGUUCCUGCUUCUCCGGGGCCCAGUCAGGACAGUGGAGAGUUCGCGGGGCCCGGGGACAUUCAUUGUGACUCGUGUAUAGGGAGGAAGCUGAAGGCGGUCAAGUCCUGCAUCAACUGUCCUGGGUCAUUCUGUGAGGAUCAUCUGAGACAUCACAAGAAGGUGAAGACCCUGAUGUCUCACCGCCUGAUCGAGCCGACCUUUAACCUGGAGGAUAAGAUCUGUAAGAAACACGAGCGUUUGAUGGACGUCUACUGUCGCACGGAUCACGCCUGCAUUUGCUCCGUGUGCGCCGAGGCCACGCACAAGUCUCACGAGAUCGUCUCCACCGACCACGAGUACAAGAAGAAAAUGACUCACAUUGGAAAGAAGAGAUCGGAGUUAAAACAUCUGAUCAAAGAACGCACCAAAAAACUGGAUGAGAUUAAACAGUCCAUCAAAGUCAUCAAGGCCAGUGCUCAGAAGGAGCUGGAGGAGAGCUGGGCGGUGUAUGCGGAGCUGCAGAGGCUGGUGGAGCAGAGCCAGGCGGAGCUGGUGGAGCUGAUCGCGUCCAGGCAGCGAGGGGCUGAAAGACAUGCACAAGAACUGGCCCGAGGACUGGAGAACGAGCUGAGCCAGCUGAGGAGGAGGAGCAGUGAGCUGGACGCCUUCGCCCAGACCCAGGACAAAGUCAUGUUUCUGCAGCACCUGUCGACCCUGUCUCCCCUGCCGGAGCCCUUUGAUUGGUCGGCGGUCUCCAUAAACACAGACCUGUACUUGGGCACCAUCCGCGCCUCUGUCAGCGGCCUCGUCGACAAGUGCAACGAGGAGCUCAAGAAACUCUAUGGAAAAGAACUACGCAAGCUGCAGAACUAUGCCAGUGAAGUUUUCCUGGACCCCUCCACAGCGCAGAAGAACCUGGUGGUUUCUGAAGACGGCCGCCAGGUGAAGUACGACGAGCACAAGACGUCGCACACGGACAUGCCCAAGCGCUUUAGCCCCGCCCUCUUCGUGCUGGGGAGGGAGGGGCUAAGCUCAGGUCGCCACUACUGGGAGGUGGACGUGUCCAGGAAAGACGCGUGGACCAUGGGCGUCGCUCGCGCUUCCGCUCGCCGCAAAGGAGACAUCAAGCUGAGCCCUGAGGGGGGGUACUGGUGUCUGUGGCUGAAGAACGGAGAAGUGAAGGCCCUGGCAAACCCGCGCCUGCUGCUUCACCUGCCGACCACACCAGUCAAAGUGGGCGUUUACCUGGACUACGAGGGAGGACAGGUGUCGUUCUAUGACGUGAAGGCGCGCUUGCAUCUCUACACCUUCACAGAUACUUUCAGUGAGAGUCUGUACCCCAUAUUCAGCCCCUGUCUCAGUCAUGAAGGGAAGAACUCUGCGCCCCUCGUCAUAACUAACAUCAAACACACCUAAGGGUCAAGUUAGGAUUGAAAAGAAAAAGUUACCAAACAGAUAAUCAGUCAAUCAUGCUAAAAAAAAAAGUGUUCUGAGCAGAGACAGCGCCAGAUAUUUUUGGUUGGAGGAGCUUUGUGGAUGUUAAUGUGAUAAUUUAGAGCCUUUUAUAGAUGUGAGCACACCCCCCCCCACCCUUCCCAUGUUUCUUUUACUGUUUUAAACUUAUUUAAAUGUAGUUAGCCCCUGAAGUGAUUUAUUAAACUUAAUAUGGAAUUAUUGUUUUAUUGCAGACUCAUUUCAAACACUGUAGUUGCAAUUUUAACAUUUUGAAUCGAGAUUGGUGCUGCCCCUGGUGCUGAGGAAAGUCAAAUAGACCAAAACCACAAUUAUUUUACCAUUUAUUUCAGCAGUACCAUGUUUUAAUGGUGUCCCCCCAUCAUUUGUUUGAUUCCUGCUUGAGUAACUCUGUAUCGUUCUGCAUUUGAGGCUCAGAAAAUUCCUUACUUCACCUCCCACCUGUCCCCGCCCACCUUCUCUGUUCUUCCUUGCAGUUCAAAAGUUUUGACCAGGAAAUGAAGGAACACCUUUAGAUUAUUAUUCUGUUUUAGAUGAAUAAGAUACAAUGUAAAAUAACAUUAAGCAUAUGUUGUAGUUUAAUGUAAAUAAAUAUGCCAGAGUUUGCCAUAGUGUUAGUUUUGUCUGUAGCGCCUAUGACCUGAGUACACUGUUGUUGUGUCCUCAGGCAAGACACUUUCCCACUUUGCCUGUGUAUGAAUAUUUUUGAAGUGAGUGUCUGGCAGUGUUCAGAGAAGCCGUUAGCACAGACUGGCCAUGGUGCACCUUUAACUCUUCAAAGCCCAUGACUAAGAGCUAAUGCUAAAGCUGCAGGCACCAUGUUUACACAGCGAGGCUCUGGCUGGUGGUUUUGUUCGGUCACAAAAAGAACUUGGACAAUGUACGAGAAGAUAAAAAUAACUGAAGACAAGUUUGAAGGAUCACGUUUCACCUCGACCAAAACACACAUGGGGUAUUUUUUAAAACCAAAACCAAAACUGCUGCCAAAACAAUGAAGAGAACAUAUUUUACAAUUAAAAGUUGAAUAUAUGUAAUGUAAAUAUAUAUGUAUUUGUAUUUAAAUGUUGUAUUAUUUUACCGGAUAGAUCUGCCUUUUUAAGAACUGAAUAUAUUUUCGGUGGAGGUUUUUUUGUCUGCUUUCUGUCCUUUGAUACAACAAAGCAGACUGUAAUGUAUUUUUUAU